CGUAUCUGACCCUGUUCUCGACGAGGCAGUAAUUAACCCCAAACGGAGCUGUUCAUAAAAUUACUCCCUUUCUGCAGUGUGACUUCCAAAGCUUGUACGCUCCCCUGUAUAGGAAGCUAGGUUUGGACUGGCAUCAGUGGUUAGGGAGAGCAAGUAUUAUUAUAAGGAAAGAGCAAACGAGCUCCCCUGGUCUAUAUAAACGAGCCCCACACUGCACUCAGAGUAGAACAAUGGCUUCUCGCUUCUUCUCUCCUUUCUCCUCCUGCGUUCUUCUUAUCCUCUUCUUCUUUUCGUUCUUUGUCUUCUGGUUCGACUACGGUGACUCACACCCCGUCUUCGACCCGCAUUGGCACCCGGCGACCGCGACCUGGUAUGGCAGCCCCGACGGCGACGGCAGCGACGGUGGGGCGUGCGGGUACGGGUCGCUGGUGGAUGUCCGGCCGCUGCGGGCACGGGUGGGGGCGGUGAGCCCCGUGCUGUUCAAGGGCGGACAGGGGUGCGGCGCCUGCUACAAGGUUCGCUGCCUCGACCCGGCCAUCUGCUCCCGCCGCGCCGUCACCGUCAUCGUCACCGACGAGUGCCCCGGCGGGUACUGUGCGUCCGGCCGAACCCACUUCGACCUCAGUGGCGCCGCCUUCGGCCGCAUGGCCGUUGCCGGCGAGGCCGGCCAGAUUCGUGAUCGCGGCGAGAUCUCCGUCGUGUUCCGCAGGACACCGUGCAAGUAUCCAGGGAAGAACAUUGCCUUUCAUGUAAACGAAGGAUCCACAAACUAUUGGCUUUCGCUUCUCGUGGAGUUUGAGGAUGAUGAUGGAGAUAUUGGAGCCAUGCAUAUAAAACAAGCAAAUUCCGUGGAAUGGCUAGAGAUGAAGCACAUAUGGGGAGGCAAUUGGUGUUUCAAUGGGGGGCCUCUGCAGGGGCCCUUCUCGGUGAAGCUUACCACAUUAACCACCCAAAAGACCUUCUCUGCCCGGGAUGUGAUUCCAAGUAACUGGUCUCCCGAUGUCACCUACACCUCUCGACUUAACUUCCUUUGAUCGAAGAGAACACGAGCUCGGUGGUCUUACUGCAAGAUCUCUUAUCGUCUCUGUGUACAUGUCAUAGUAGCCCUCUCCGAAGGGGAGAGAGAGCGCCUUAACUUGUUUGAUGUCUGUGUGUGCUUGUAAGGACCCCAUCUUUAAGAUUUGAAUGGGAUCCUAAAAGUCCUCUCAAAGGUGAUGUUUCAGUACCUUACAAUCAGUUGACUCUUGAGGCUGUGGCUUACUUUCACAAGUGGGAAUCACAGGCUUUUACAUUCUUGUCUGUCGACUGUGCUGCUCAUUCGCACAUGGUGGAUCUUUGAACAAAGGGGCCAUCGUCUCCGGUGGUGGGACAAUUUGAUGGCAGACUUCACACUGCGAAGAACCCGAGACUUGACUUCUUGGAUGAAAGAUGGAACCUCUCAUCCAUCUGUGCUGUGUUAUGCUAAUCAUUACCGGCAUUAUAACACGAGAAGGUGCUUGCUGUGUUAAAUGCCCCUCCGGAACCGUGAUGGCUAGGACAACCGCCAACCAGAGCAAGCCACGAACACUCACUUUCCUGCUUCUGCAUCU